AUGAAGUUCGCCAUUGCCACCAUCCUUGCCUUUGCCUCUAUGGCAUUUGCUUAUCCCGCGGUCGGGAAUGGGGCUCCCGUCAAGCGUCAAAAUAUCAACACCGUGGACCCUGCCACCCCAUCCAUGUCGGACGCGAGCGGCAACAUUGUCCCUUUCGAGUCCUCCCAGGUUAACCAAGAUGCCAAAGCCAAGGGCAUCUAA